AUGGGCUUCGGUGAUCUUCAAUCUGCUGAUGGUCUUCGUUUACUGAAUACCUUUCUUGGGGAUAAAUCAUAUAUCGAAGGAUAUCGUCCAGCACAAGGUGAUGUUGUUGUAUUCGAAGCUGUAAAGAAAGCUCCAGCAAAUGAAUUUGAAAAUGCUCUUCGCUGGUACAAUCAUAUUGCUUCAUUUAGUGAUGCAGAAAAAACAAAAUUCCAAGGUACACGUCAAUCACUUGAUCAUUAUGGACGACAACCUGGUCAAGAUCAUCAAGAAAAACAUGAAUUUAAAUCCCUUUCUGUUAAUCCAGCUGAAAAACCAGCAGCUGCUGAUGACGAUGAUGUUGAUUUAUUUGGUGAUGAAGAUGAAGGCGAAAGUGAACAAACAAAACAACGUUUAGCUGCUUAUGCUGAAAAAAAAGCUAAAAAACCAACUAUUGUUGCUAAAAGUACCAUUGUUCUUGAUAUAAAACCAUGGGAUGAUGAAACAGAUAUGAAAGCACUUGAAGAUAGUGUUCGUUCGAUUGAAUUAGAUGGACUUCUUUGGGGUGCUUCUCGUCUCGUACCACUUGCAUAUACAAUUAAGAAAUUACAAAUAUCUUGUGUUGUUGAAGAUGAUAAAGUUGGUACAGAUAUUCUUGAAGAACGUAUUAUGGAAUUUGAAGAUCUUGUUCAAUCAGUUGAUAUUGCUUCAUUUCAAAAGAUUUAA